AGGCUGCGAGCUGGAGUUGGACAGGAAAAUGGGAGUGAGAAGAGGCAGUGAUACGGCGUGGGGGUAGUUACUUAUGACACCCCCCCCCCCUUUUUCAUUCCCCUUCCAUUUCGGCAUCGGGAUUGGAUAGAUCGAAAAGCGAAUACAUUCAAGAGUGGGGGGAAAAAAAAUCACCGAGCGGGAAAGGGUUUUGGCGGGAAGCAAGCGCAGAUUUUUUUUAAAAAAAUUUCAUUCCCGUCCUUUCUCUUUUUUUUUGUUCUGCCGCUGCUGUCUUUCUUUGCUUACCCCCAUUCACCCUUUUCGGUCCGCUUUGCCGUUCACUCUUCUCGGCCCGCGUUCCCCACCCUCUCCUCCCCCCAUCUCCCCUGUACAGGGGGUAAAAUGGCGGCUGCGUGGGGUCGGGGUAAGGAAAUGUCUGUUUCCGCCGCCCCGAUCGCUCAUGGGCCGUCAGUCGACGGUUGUUGCUUCAGGAUGGGGGUCGAUGUCGAUUCCUCCUGACGUGAUUAACGAUUUCUUUUUAAAUCGGUGUUAGUGUACGCACGGUAUUCGCGCUCUGAAAUGGCGGGUGAGACUGUCCGGUCUGGCAGUGCAGCCCGUCUUGUUCUCAAUCUCUCACUUCGCAGGCUGUCUCUGCGCUACUGACUGGAUACACCCUGGGUAUUGAUCCAGGUGGAAGGAGGUGCUGUUCCACCUUCAAUUUCUUCACCACCCCUUGCUCCAGACUGUCCUUUCAAAUCACUUGGUCAUCUGUAUCCUGCUCUGAUACCUUUACUGUAUGUGAGGAGCGCUGUGGGAAUGCAAACUGUAACGCCUCGCAAAUACAGAGUUAUCAUCAAAGAUGCUACAUUUCUUUGUGAAAUGUCGGGAGGACUAAUGACGAACAUAGAGAAACUUUCAAAUCUCCUGUUAACGGGGAAACUUGUAUGCAUGCAUGCUGGUUUUGUUCAGUUUUGAACAGUAUUCCGCCAAGAAUUCUGCAACAUACCCAAGUUAAUAAUGGAACAGUACACAGCAAAUAACAGCAAUUCAACUGAACAGAUAGUGGUUCAAGGACAAAUUCAACAACAGAGUCAGCCAUUAAUGGUCCAAGUUAGUGGUGGUCAAUUAAUCACAUCCACUGGUCAACCAAUCAUGGUUCAGGCAGUACCUACAGGACAAGGUCAGACAAUUAUGCAGGUUCCUGUCUCUGGAGGGCAAGGUAUACAACAGAUUCAGCUGGUUCAACCAAGUCAGCUUCAGCUUCAAAGUGGACAGGCUGUUCAGGUCCAGAACCAACAAGGACAGGCACAACAAAUCAUUAUUCAACAGCCCCAAGCAGCUGUGACAGCAGGGCAAACACAGCAAAUAGUACAAGGACAGCAGGUGGCACAGACUGCAGAGGGGCAGACAAUUGUGUACCAACCAGUUAAUGCAGACGGCACCAUACUCCAGCAAGUUGCAGUCCCUGUUACAGGCAUGAUCACGAUUCCUGCUGCCAGUCUCGCUGGGGCUCAAAUUGUCCAGACGGGAGCCAGCACAAGCACCACAAAUAGCAGCCAGGGCACUGUAACGGUGACACUGCCUGUUGCUGGAAGCAUGGUCAAUGCAGGUGGCAUGGUGAUGAUGGUACCAGGCACUAGUACAGUUCCAGCUAUGCAACGGAUCCCCUUACCUGGUGCAGAGCUACUAGAAGAAGAACCAUUGUAUGUAAAUGCCAAACAAUAUCACCGAAUCUUGAAAAGGCGACAGGCGAGAGCUAAACUAGAGGCAGAAGGUCGGAUUCCAAAAGAAAGGAGGAAAUAUCUCCAUGAGUCACGUCACCGCCAUGCUAUGCAGCGAAAGCGUGGAGAAGGAGGCCGCUUCUUUUCUCCUAAGGAGGGUGAUGAGAUUAAACACCAGCAGAAUGAAGAAAUAGUGGGUCAGGUGAUCAGGGUGGCCUAAACCUCUGCCUUAUGCAAGUCCUUUGAAACAAACACCAAGUCAAAUUGACAGUCUCUCCUCCAUCCAGUAUUCCUACAUUGACUGCCUCGCCUGCAUUCCUGAAACAGAAGUGGAGUUUUACAACAAAGUGGUUCUCUAGGAGAGAAAAACAUCCCUUUUUUGCAAGUCCUGAGAAUUUAGACUAAAGAACAUCACCGAAGUAUCAGUAAUGAAACUCCAACAGGAAAAGGACUUCAAGUAACCUUUAAACUAGAUGGAGAAAACCAAUGUUGCAGCUGCUUUCAGUGGUGAUGGUAUGGAGUCAAUAUUAGUUUUGGAUGAGUGGGGAGAACCAUCCUGAUGCUUUGUCCACUUUUAGAAGUUGGCAAAGAUCAGAGUGUAGUGCGCUGUAAAUUUAUCAAAAACCUCAAGGUGGGGGGUGGGAGUUAAGAGAAACAAGUUGAAUAGUUAUCUUGUAAUGAGUGAGGGAGGAGAGGAAAGGGUUUACCUGAUGCAUUUGGUAUAUUAUUAUGAAACUUACAUGAUUUUGUAUUUUUCCAGUGUUUGUUAAUUGAGAUAAUGUACAAGUGUGUGUUUUUUUCUUAAUUUUCAUUGUGUACCCAAUGCAAAUACUCAGUAAAAUGUAGCAGAAAGACUGCUUCCCGAGAGAUGGUAAACCAUUUUGGAAAACCAUUUAUUUUACAGAAUUGGUGUUAAAUUGGAUGCAAUUUCAGUGCUUCAAAUCUGGCUGUAAUGCGGCAAGAAAAUGUUUUUCUUAAAAUGGAUGAUAGGAUGUAUUACAAAAUAGUAAGUUAGUGCAGCAUGAGGGCCAGUAUAAACUAUAACAAUCCGAUAUUUCAACUUUUAAUCAUUCUAAGAUAGGUUAGCUGGGACAGCAAUAGAUCUUAGCCGGGACAGCAAUAGAUCUUAGCCAUGGGCCUUAGACUUGUUGGGGGAGGCCAUCACAAAACAUUUAAGCAAUGGUUGCUGCUUCUCACCAUGGCUCCUGUUAGUACAGACGUAUGGAUGUUGAAAGAGGACAACUCAGUGACACUGUCCAUAGUUGAAUGACACACCAUGGUUCAUUGUCUUGCAUGAAACAUGGCAAUUUUUGUGGUCAGACAAAUGUAUUGCAGUCAACAGAACUUUGCUCCAUUAUGUAUUGGUCCUUUUUUCUUUUGUAAGAGUGAGGGCAGAAAAGUAUGCAUCACAAGAAAUGAUUAUUUUCAAAAUGCUUUUGUUUUCUUGUUUUAAUAUCAGGCUACUUUUCUCCCCCCUAGAGAAACAUCAAAUGUAGGAAGAAAAUUCAUGUGAAGUUAACACUACAAUGUAGCAGCAUGCAACUGCAGCCUAACUUAUAAAAUCCCAUUUCUUUAAACAUUGUUGUGCUUACAUUACAGAGUAGUGUUUGUUGCCUCUUUGGAAUAAAAGAGGAGACAGUCACGUUUUGAAAACAGAGCUUUUGGCUAACAAUUUUUUUUCUUCAAAAAUACUGUCCUUUUUCCUUUGUGACUAGUAUUCAGAUCCAGCAAGGAGAAGAAGAAUGGAGUUUCUGAAGAUUUGGAUUAAAUGGAGUAAAAUGUCAGUCUGUUAAAAUAUACUUUCACAUUCAUUAAGAUUUAAAAAAAACAAAGAGCUGCCCUCCAGGAUGUCUGUUAAAGAUGCGAUGAAAAACAUUUGACAGUCUUCAUGUAGCACUUGAUCUUGGCCUGGCUCUUCAGUGCAUGUGUUGGAAAGACAGUAUUUUUGUUUUGUCAGGUAUAUGGACUUGGUUUCAUAUCUGACCUAGGAAGGAUAAAAGGAUUUUUUUUCAUAUGAGAAACAUCCUUUCAAAUGUGGAACCAAUUUCCAAUCCGACUACUACAGCAGAUGCACGUCUAGGAUUUUAAAAUGAAUUUGGGGCAUUCUCAAACAAUUCAUUUUCCAGUAAGCUCAAGUCUACAAUAAGCCUACAUUAUGCAAUAAUUGGGUAACAAGAGAGCCAUUGGUGUAGGAAUGAAAAUGUCUCUGCUCUGAGGAUCUACUGAACUUUCCUGAUGAUGGAUAAUUGGUGGAAGCCAGAGUGUCCCUUGUGGCCAAAUUCUGGCAAAUGCACAGUUUGGACCAAUAACAGCCUAGGAAAUUACAAGCAGCUGUAUAACUUCAAUAGUUGGGUAAUAAGGAACUUAGCAGAACAGACUUCAUGAAGUUUUACCAUUGGCUGUAGCCCACUGUUAUGCUUGAGCAGGAAGUACUCCAGGGCAAUAAAGUAUAAAUUGGAGAGGUCUUUGAACAAUCAACAGCAAACCCAGUAUUUGCUGAUUCUGAAUGCAAUACCUUCCACACAUGCACCUGAAGAACCAGUUAUCCAGGUAAUUGACUUUUUACCCUUGUGUCAAUUAACAUUACACAGUGACUGAGUAGCACUAAAACUCAGUUUUAAGGGCUCUGAAUAUCAGGUAGAACAUUUUAAUUGUUGCAGAUGUUAUAAAAGGUCAUGCAGAUUAUAAUUAUUUCAACCAAUGCAUUGAAAUGAGUGAUGACUUUUUGUAUAUAGGUUACAGAUUUAUAAUUUUUAUAUACAGCAUUUGGUUUGUAAGCAUGAGUAUGAAUUUAGCUGUAGAAGAAAAGUACUGUGUACGUGGUUCAGCUAAUAAAACCUUACCAUUUUAGUAUUUUAAAAGAAA